AUGGGGAAUAACAAUUUGGAUUUGAUAGAUUCAAGAGAAGUUCAUGAGGUUCUGAUUGGAGUUGCUACCAAAACUGCAAAGCUAGUGUAUGGUGAUCAACUGGAUUGUGGGUUUAAGCAUCUGGCUUCAAUAACUAUGAAUGUUACUAGACUGUCUUCUCCGGGGUUUAGAGGGGUUCAGUAUUGCAGUCCGAGCAUGGCUGAUUAUGUUGGUAAAGAUGGUAGCUGGGAUUAUGAGUAUAGGGUUUUUCAUGCUUACUAUGGGGGUUUUGUGACUUCGCGUGCCAGGGGAAGGUGCCCUGGCUUUAAGGAGCCCUAUAAGGAUACCUUGGGAAGCCAAGUUACAAUUGAUGUUGCUGAAGUCAAUGGAAGACAAUAG